UAACAUUGACCUUACUCUUACUGUGGUUCUCCGUUCACAUCCGUGGUGUCAGGAUCAAGUCUGGGAGUAAACCUCAAGUAUUAGCAAAAUGGGCCCUAAGAAGAAGGGUAAAGGAAGCAAACUGGCUCGGAUGUCAGAAGAAGAAAGGAUAAGAUACAUGCAACAUCGAGCAGCCAUUGAAGAAGAAGCUAGGAGAAGAAAAGAACAGCUCAUUGCCACUUAUAUGAAGAACAAACUGAAACAUGAAGAAGCUUUCAUGAGGCUGAAUUCAGCAAAGAUCAACCAACAAUGGCGGCAGAUUUUAAGGAAAGUCAAGUGCAAGGAACUCAAGGACAACAUGAAGAUCCUCUGGACUACAUUUGAAGAAGCUGUCAUAAGCAAGAACAAAAUCAUUGAGACACUGCUCUCAGAUCUUGAAGAAUCUGAAAUACAGUACUCGAUGAUGUUGGAAAAUCAUGUACAGAUUGUUAACAGACUAAUCGGGUUGCAUCAGGAUCGUCUAAACACACUGCACAAGCACUAUUCUCAUGAGAAGGCUGCCUUGCUGGACUCGGCUUGCAAGGAGAGAGCAACGACUACUACUGACAAUGAGUUUGCCUGUGAAUUCCUGCAGACUGUUAUCUUUGACAUGAACAGCCGCAACAGUCUGCAGCAUAGAGCAAGCACUUCUGCUGCGGCUGCAAAACAAGAUGAGCUCCGAAACCAGAUGCAAAGUGAGAUAGAGAAGACAGAGGAGCAAGGAGGUCUGCAGAUAGAAGCUGUGUGGAGAGAUAUUCAACAAGUGUUGAAAGACUACAUCACAGACACAGCACCUAACCGGCCUCACUACAACGCUCUCAGAGCUAAAGACAAAUCCAACACUGAUCAACUCAUCCGGCACUGUGAGACAGUCAAUAAAUACUCGGACUUUAUUGUGGAUUUGAAACAGCAACUAGUUUCCAUGCAGUGUUCACAAUCGGUAAAGCUAAGGGAACUGAAGGAAGAACAAAGUGACUUUCUCGCUCAGUUUGACAGACUUAGACAAACUGUCAACAGCAACCAAGUCAAGGACCAGGCCAAACUGACUACCAUGGCUGUGAGCAGCAGUGACGUCAUCAGAGAUUUAACAAAACUAUCACAGAAAGGUGAGGCAAUACUCAAAUUGGCUUCAACAUGUCAAAAGUUUUUGUCAGAAGAAGAGAAGCUAAAAAACUACAAAGCUAUUAUAAAAAAUGAAGAAAAUAUAGAAGAGGAAGAGGAAGAGGAGGAAGGUGAUGUUCCUCUGAAAGUGAUGGACAAUUUCUGGCAGCGGUACAAUGAAGUGAUACUGGAGUGUGAACAGCUACACAUGGAAAAAGAUACUUAUUCAACAGAGAACAAACAGUUGAGGAGAAUUCUCCGUCACUAUUUGAACACACUGGUCAGACCUACCUCAGUCCCGAGAGCUAAAGCUUGAACAAUACAUAGUGAAUGUGUUCAAUAAUCUGCUGCACAUACAUUUUUUUAUUGUUAGCACAACCAUUUGUCAAGUCUAUAUAGUUAGAAAUUUUUUGUAAACACAUUUUUAUA